AAAUUGAAUAAAAAAUGAUGCAAUUAAUACCAUUUGUUUAGCUAAUAAAAUUGAUAGGUUAGAAUCAAGGCCAAUAUUGAUUUCUGAUUUCUAAGACAGAUGGUGAUGGUAAUGGUAAUGGAAGGCCAUGACUUCGCAACCCCAGCCUCAACAGCACCACCGUCAGAGUCGUCGUCUCUCCACCUGUCACCGCCACCCGACUACCGCACCCAUUACUGGGUUCUGUGCAUCAUGUCUUCGGGAACGUCUAGCGGGCAUCCAGGACAACUGUCCCACUCCUUCAACCUCCCAGCUCCGCCGCUCUAAGUCUUGCUCCGGUGGUCCUGCCCCAUCCUCCGCCUCUGCCGCCUCAGAGCCCCGCCGUAAAUCUUGCGACGUAAGGGCUCACAGUUCACUAUAUGACCUUUUCGCCAUCGAUGACAAAAUAACAACCCUCAAUCUCAAUCACCCUCCUUCAAAAGUUGAAGCUGUUCAAGGUUUUGAAGAAGAAGAAGAAGAGGAAGGAGAAUUGAAAACCAUGAAAGAAUUCAUAGAUCUCGAAUGGGGCAGCAAAAAAGCUUCAGGGAGAUCUUUAUGGGAAGCUGCUUCAGUAUUUAGCAAGAGAUUGAGGCAAUGGCGGAAAAAACAAAGCAAAAGGAAGGAGAAAAAUGAGGCUUCGGUUCUUGAGAAGGCAAACAAAAAGGGGUUAAGAGAGACUCAGUCGGAGAUCGGAGAAUAUGGGUUGUUUGGAAGAAGAUCUUGUGAUACUGAUCCUAGAUUAUCAGUUGAUGAUGCGAGGUAUUCCUUUGAAGAGCCAAGGGCUUCUUGGGACGGUUGUUUGAUUGGGAAACAGAAGCCAAAGGCUAACGAGGAAGCAAAUGUUGGGGAAGAGAGAUUGAGUGCUGUAAAAGAGGAAGAAAAGAUUAGCCCCGGUGGGUCAGAUCAAACGAGAGAUUGUUAUGCCGAUUCAUUGACUACAAGGAGGAAGAGUUUCGAUCGGUCCAGUUCGAGUAGGAAGAUUUCUAUGGGGGAAGCGAACGCUGAAGUGUCUCCCGGGGCUGUUGGGUUGUUUCACGGGGCGAAGCUGUUGGUUACCGAGAAAGAAUUAAGGGAUUCCAAUUGGUAUUCGAAUGUGGAAUCUGGAUCUAAGGGUGUUGAGUUUGUUGCUUCCGGGGUUGGUAAAAAAGGGUUUACUUUGAAGAAGGCAAAGGGGUGGAAAAACGUUUGGAGGAUGUGGGGUUUGAUACAGAGGCGAAAACAGAGUGAAUUCGGAGAUGAAGAGAAGACUGCUGGAGGAUAUGUAGGUGACGGGAGGCUGGCAGAGUCAUUUCAGAAACUUACUAGGGUGGCCAAUGGGGAUGAAGAUAGAGGCAUUAGAGGAGAUGUGAGUGUAGGGACACUAGCGGAGUCAUUGCAAAAAUUAAGGGGCUUGGCUAAUGGAGAUGAAGGUAAAGUUGUAGGAGGGAAUGUGGCUGAUCAUGGGACACUAGCCGAGUCCUUGAAAAAGUUAAGAAAGGUUGCCAAUGGAGGUUCAUAUGGGAGUGUUGUGAGCCAGAAGCUUAUGAAGAGCUAUAGUGUUAGUGCUCGGAAUUCAGUGGAUGGAUCAUCUUUUUAUGGAACAAGUAUGCCCGAGUGUAACUCCAAAGGUGAUGGUGAAAAGAGAAGGGAUAAUUCUAUGUUGCAGCAGAAUAGGAGUGUCAGGUAUUCUCCCAAUAACCUCGAUCAUGGAUUACUGCGGUUCUACUUGACUCCAUUGAGGAGUUAUAGGAGAAGCAAAUCUGGAAGAAGUAAGCUAAGAAACUCAAACUCUGUUAGUGGAACUGUACUGUAAUGGACGCCUAGAUUUGUUAUAAGUAGGAUAUGAUGUUGUAAAAACGUGUAUGAAUGUCUCUUUCUAUAGAUAAAGAAAACCCCCCACAUCAUAUACUCAUCUUUCUUGAGCUUAGCAUUGCCAUACUUUUUCCAAUAAUGUAGCAAUGGGGUAAAAAGGAUGGAACAGUAUCUUCAUAUUGUUAGUAUAGUGAUAAUUGUUGCAGAAAUGAAA